UCAGAAAGAGGAGGAGGAGGAGGAGGAACCAGAAAUCUUCCCUCAUUUACUUAACAUCACUUCCCCACCGCCGGGAAAGUAAACACAUCUCCUGAAGCUGCAGAGAAGCAGAAGUGUGAGAUCGAUGCGGGUGAACCGCUUGUGUAGAGAGAGAGACUCUCCACCGAGAGCGGCUUCUUCUUUUCUUCCUCACCAGAGACAGCAGGAGCGCUCCUUUCGGCGCUGAUUUGCGGGGACUCUUGAAAAAAAAUCUUUUCUAGGCAUGGAGAACCAACUGUUGUGAUAACCGGAUUUUUUUUUCCUGCAUUAGGUUCAUUAUAAUGGAGAGUUGACAGCUUCAGAAGAAUCUGAUUGACAUUCAAGUGACAGGAUAAAGAGGAUACAGAUCUCUCCGUUGUGGCAGUUUGCCUCAUUCAGAGUCUCUUAUUACAUGUUGUAAAACUCAUCACACACUCUGCAGAUCGGUGUCAUGGCUGCAUAUGGACAGACUCAGUACAGCCCUGCCCUCCAGCCUGCAGGACCAUACACACCAUACACUCACCACACACAAGGCUACAGCAUGCCAUCUUACAACAUUAAAACAGAAGACGGUUUGAGUCACUCUCCAGGACAGACAGGACUACUGGGCUACUCAAACUUCAGCAGCACGCCUCCCAGUCAAAGCCUCUACAGCUACUCUCACACACAUGGUGGUGGUAUUUCAUCUGGAAUUUUUCAAGGGACCCAUGCAAUCUCAAAUUCAACCCCAUUCAAUCCUACCCAACAAGAGUUUUCUGCCUAUUCGAGCUACAACCAGAGUCAGUACUCUCCAUAUUAUAACUACAACAGCCCCUACCUAACCAGCAGCAACAUCAGCCCUGCUGCCGUCACAACUCCGCUAGCCUAUCAGCACCCAGAGCACCCAGUCAUGAUGCCCAAUCACAGCCCAGAGUCACAAACAGGAGACUACCACCCGCCACCCAGCCCCCCCACACCUGGUAAAGAAGAUGGGGUCCCAGCUCGUAGGGGGUCAGAUGGCAAGUUGAGAGGAAGAAAAAGAGUCAGUGACCCCGCUCCUCCUCUGGACUCUGAUAUAGAGCGAGUGUUUAUCUGGGACCUGGAUGAAACCAUCAUCAUUUUCCAUUCGCUCCUCACGGGAACAUUCUCCUCACGAUUUGGCAAGGAUUCAUCAAAGGCAGUGUCUCUGGGCUUGUGGAUGGAGGAAAUGAUCUUCAAUCUUGCUGAUUCCAGACUUUUUUUCAAUGACCUGGAGGAAUGUGACCAGGUUCAUAUUGAUGACGUAGCGUCAGACGACAAUGGACAGGACCUGAGCACAUACAACUUUGGGUCGGAUGGCUUCCAGAGCCCAGCAGGAGCAGGCUCUUUGUGCCUGGGGUCAGGGGUACAUGGUGGAGUGGACUGGAUGAGGAAACUGGCUUUCCGAUACCGCAGAGUUAAGGAGAUCUACAACACAUACAAGAAUAAUGUUGGAGGCUUGCUGGGCAGCCCCAAGCGAGAGGAGUGGUUACAGCUGAGGAGAGAGAUGGAAGUCCUCACUGACCUGUGGCUGACUCAAGCACUCAAAGCCUUGGCUCUCAUCAACUCCAGGCCUAACUGUGUAAAUGUGCUGGUGACCACCACCCAGCUGAUCCCAGCCCUCUCCAAGGUGUUACUCUAUGGUCUCGGCUCUGCCUUUCCCAUUGAAAACAUAUACAGCGCCACUAAGAUAGGUAAAGAGAGUUGUUUUGAGCGUGUGUCUCAGAGGUUUGGUCGGAGAGCAGUCUAUGUGGUGAUAGGAGAUGGAGCCGAAGAGGAAACCGUAGCCAAAAAGAAGAACAUGCCAUUCUGGAGGGUGUCCUGUCGGGCUGACCUGGAAGCUUUGAGCCAUGCACUGGAGCUGGACUACCUUUAGAGGGCACCAGCAAUCAAGUUCUGCUACUCCACUCAAACUAUGAGAAACUCCUGAGCAUCUGGAAGGAGAAGGUGCCUGUAGAAACUGAAUAUAGAGUCAGUGUUGCUGGUUUGACGGUGCACCCAGAUGGACAGUUUGACACCAGAGUCAAAGGAAUUAUGAGGAGUUUGAAGCAAGGCUGCAGCAGGACACACAGACAAGAAGCCUAAAGAAGUGCUGGACAAAAAGAAAAAAAAAACAAAAAAAAAACACGCAGACCAAAGUAAAGUGAGGGACCAAAGCUUGAUUAAUCCCAGGGAAUUAUAGUUAAUAC